UUAUUGAUCAGAUGCUCCCAUACACGACUGUUGAGAAUGAACAAUUUCAACAGUUUGUUGACGGUUUGAACAAGAAGUUUGACAUACCCUCAGAGAAGGUGGUGCGCACAAAACUGUUUCCUGAAUUAUAUGAUAGAGUACAGUUUAAACUGAAGAAAUUUAUUGACUGAAAGGAGCUGAUUACAGUCUGAGCUGUGAUGUUUGGUUGUCAAAAGCGCUGGAUUCCUAUUUGGGGGUCAUAAUACACUUCGUAACUACAAACUUCGAAAGAAAAGUUAUUGUACUGAGAUGCCUUCCCUAUAACCGAGCACAUACCGGCAUGGGGUCUGUCCGAAGAGAAACUUCACUGCGUUAUCAGCGACACUGCUUCGAACAUGAAAAAGGCUUUGUCCGCCUGGAUCCUGUUUUCUCCAUCUACUGAAUCUCAUCGUAAAGAAUUCUGUUUUUCUCAAAGUGGAGUUAACCGGCUUAUCAAAAAGAUCAAGAGUCUUAUCAAGGAGUUUAGAACCCCUGCAGGUAAACGUCUACUGAAUGAAAAUCAAGCAGUAGAGGCAACUCUCAUCAGACCAGUUGCAGUGGACACGAGAUGGAACAGUUAUUACAUGAUGUUCCAGGCCUUUCAGAAUAAAAAAUAUGCAAUAACAAUCACCGCUCAAAAUGCAGAGUUAUCGUUGUCUGCAUCUCAACAGAUGACUCCUCACGAUUGGGAUCUUCUGCCCAAAGCUAUUGCGGUACUGAAGCCAUUCUACAUCACCACAAAAGCGGCGGAGGGGGACAUGGUUUCUGUUUCGGAGGUUAUCCCAAAUAUAAAGAAACUGGAUUACGCUAUCAGGAGCAUAUCCUCAAGUGGAGUCGGAACUCUGAAACCCACGCUGCUUUCCGAAAUGUAAAACCAAGAGACUGAAGAAAUCCAAAGAUAGUGCAGCGAUCUAAAGAGAAUGAGUUAGAAGACCUUCGGAAU